AUGGUGCCUGGGGCCGCUUGCGGCCGGGUCGGGCAGGCGCCAUCGGCCGAGCGUCCGGGGCGGCUGCGCGAGCGUCUCCCUGGCAACGGCGUCCGGCUGGGAUCGGCGUUCCCCUGGCAAUGGCAUCCCCCUGGCAACGGCAUCCGGCUGGGAUCGGCGUUCCCCUGGCAAUGGCAUCCCCCUGGCAACGGCGUCCCCGCCCCCGCAGAACUGCCUACGGUGACGUCACGGGUCCGCGCGACCAAUCGUUGGAGGUGGCUGCGAACUGAUUCCGGUGACGUCACGUCCGCGCGACCAAUCGUUGGAGGCGGCUGCGAACAGAUUUCUGCAGCUUCGCUCCUUGACAGGACUGUGAAGAUUAGGAGGGAGGCUGAAGAGCGGAAAGUGGUCUGGGCCUGGGGCCUCCUUAAUAUGUCUGUUGGGGGGAUGAUAUAUACUGACAUGACUGGAAAACUUAUAAGUUCCUAUUACAACAUCGCAUUUUGGCCGCUCUGGUAUAUUGAGCUUGCGCUUGUAUCCCUGUUCAGUCUGAAUGCCUUAUUUGAUUUUUGGAUGUACUUCAAGUACACAAUGGCACCAACUACCUUGGUCAUGACUCGUAGACAGCAGAUCCUUCUAGGGAUGCAGAAUGCAGCAGUACAAAUAAUUCCAGCACGUGAGCUGGCAGCGAAGAAAGUCCCUUCUUCUACGCCUUCUCCUAGAGUCCAGGGUCAAACUGUGCUGAGUUACAGCCCAUCCCGGCCCUUCAGGGCCAGUCCAAAGUUUACUUCUGGUUGUAUCUCAGGGUACAGCCCUCAGCGGCAGGCUCUGUCAAGCAACAGCGCUUCUUAUAGCAGUGCUUUAACCUAUUCACCAAGCAGCAGCUACAGUAAGCUUUCCAGCUUCAGCUCUUCUCCUACUGGUUCACCAUAUGCCUCAAGUGUUGGGCCAGUGGAAAGCACCGGGCUAAGGUCUCGUUGCCACUUUUCACCAAUGCGGUAUAAUUCCCGUAUGAGUCAAGAUGAUGAAAUCACAGACCGCAAGUCACUGCAAAAGUACCUUCGAAGCGAAGAAGAGAAACAGCGUAGACUUCAAUUGGGUACUUCAUGUUCCAGCUCUCCUUCCAGCAGCCCAACCUUUUGGAACUACAGCCGUUCCUUAGUAGAGCAAGCACAGGUGCUGAGAAAGUACCAGUAUCAGGUGGCUUGCAUGCCCCAAGCUCCGUCAGCACACAAGGACGAAGCUCGUCUGAGCUCUCCACUGACUGCAGAAGAAGUUUGGGCAAGGGUGAUCGUGAAUCGACGACAGCUUGAUUACCUGGAUUCCUGGACCGCUAGGUUCAGAAGUUGGAUUAAUGAGACUAUUUUAGUGCCACUUGUACAAGAGAUUGAGUCUGUGAGCAGUCAGCUGAGAAGAAUGGGGUACCCAGAAAUGCAGGUUGGAGAAGCCAGCAUCAGCAAUCUGAAACAAGCAGCGCUUGUUAAAGCUCCAGUCAUGCCAACUCUGUACGCUAUAAUGCAGUAUUUGGAUAUUGCAGCGAACCAAGAGUAUUUGGUGGAAAGGAUCAAAGAGCUUUCUCAGGGAGGAUACAUGAGCUCAUUCCGAUGGAACAGAGGAGGAGAUUUCAAGGGCCGUAAGUGGGAUGCUGACUUGCCCACUGACUGUGCUAUCCUUAUGCACAUAUUCUGCACUUACCUCGAUGCCAGACUGCCCCCUAGCCCCAAAUACCCCGAUGGCAAAACCUUCACUGCCCAACACUUUGUUCAAACACCAGAUAAACCAGACAUUACAAAUGAAAAUGUAUUUUGCAUCUACCAAAGCAACAUCAAUCCACCCCACUAUGAGCUGAUCUACCACCGCCAGGUCUACAAUCUGCCCGAGGGCAGAAACAACAUGUUCCAUACAUUGCUUAUGUUUCUGUACAUCAUAAAGACAAAAGAAUCUGGGAUGCUUGGGCGAGUGAAUUUUGGUGCAUCAGGAGUCAACGUUCUAGGGGUGUUUGGAGAGUAA